AUGCAGGGGCGAGUAGGGGACGGACCUGCAGGAACCGGUGCUUGUUUCGUCGGGGGGUUUCUUUCUGUAGCGGCGCCAACAUCCCGUCAUUCGUUCCGUUACACUGGCGAUCGACCCCCUUCCACUGGGCAGACACCGCAGGAGAGUGGUAGUGAGGAGGAGGAUGAGGAAGAGGUGGGUGAGGGCGCGGAGGAUGAGGACGACGAGGGGAGCGGGGAUGACAAUGAGGCCGGGUGGGAUCCCGAAACGCAUGGCGGUGGGGAAGAGGGGGGUGAUGAUGAUGAAGACCACGAGAUGGAUGGGUUGGAGCCAGAGGAGGUGGGCGAGGGUGGUGGACGGGCGGCGACAGAGGCGGCCUCACAGCAUGCGGAUGAAAGAGGAGGGAGCGUGGGCGUGGGGGUUAAGGUCCGGGAGCUAUUGGUCCUGCUAAACCGCAACUGCACGCAGAAGAACUUCAUCCCCUCGCGCUGGACGGUAUCCCGCGACACCGUGGUCUUUGCAGCAGCCGCUCUACAGUCCGCCAUUGCGGAGAUGCUGGCGAAGGAGGGGGAGUUGGGGUGCAAGGUGUCGAUCACCGUCGACAUGUGGAUGGCACCCAACGGCAAGGCAUGGCUAGUGGUGACGGGUCACUGCAUAGACGAGAACUUUCCGCGAAAUGCUCAGGCGUGCUUGGCACACGUGAUCAACCUUGCAGUGCAGGCGGCGCUGGGUGUGGCUGCCAUACGGAAGCUGUUGAAGAUACUGAGAGAGAUGGCUUCGCACAUUGGAUUCUCGCCGCAGCGCUCGGGGUCUUUCUUGGGACUUCAGCGGACCUUGAACGUGCAGGCCAACCCCGCCAAGCCGAAGCCGGCACUGAAGCUGGUGCAGGACAGUCCUACGCGCUGGGGUUCGACCCACGAUAUGGUCGAGCGAGCGGGGGUUUUGCAGAACCCCAUCACAGUCUUCUUUGCCCAGACACAGGGCUUGUCGAAGGCCGACGAGAAGAAGGUGGAGAGUCUGCGCCUGACAGACGCAGACUGGGAGACCCUGCAGGCGGUGAAGACAUUCCUAAGCCCCUUCGCCAAAGUCUCCAAGGCAGCUGAGGGGGUGGCGUACCCGACUGUGUCGAUGGUGGUGCCGUACUACAACGGCCUGAUCGACGCAAUGGAGUCGCGCCUUGCCAAGGGGCCAUCUCCGACGCUGCAGCCGAUAAUCGAGGCGGCGCUGGUGCAUUUGAAGAAGUACGCCUACAUCACCAGCAACGAGUACUGGAUCGCCACCUUCUUGGACCCAUCAAUGAAGGCGGCGUGGUUCGACGACACGCACUGGGAGAAGUUGCAUCCCGAGACAGACAGGAGGUUGAGGACGCGCCUAGCGUCUGCCGAGGUGAUCAAGCUGGUGCGCGACCGCGUGGCCGAGUACCAGGCCCGGCCUGCAAAGCUUGCUCCCCGGCCGUCCCCACUUGCCACCGUUGUGGAGGAGGAGGAGGGAGACGAGGGGGAGGACGACGAGGAAGCGCAGUUUCUCCCUAGUCGCCGACGACUUGCGGCGCGUCUGUUGGCGAGCCAAGAGGCGGGGGGGGGGUUGGGAUGGUGCAGGAUGACGAGUUCACACCCUGGCCAGAGGAUUGGCGAGGCCCGCCGACCGAGAGGAGUCGCACCACCAGAGUUCGCCAUUGAGGGCGAUGGGGCGGAGGAGGACGACGUGGAGGAGGAGGAGGAGGAGGAGGAGGAGGAGGAGGAGGAGGAGGAGGAGGAGGAGGAGGAGGAGGAGGAGGAGUGGGUGGAGGCAGACGCGGCAGGUGGUGAGGGGGCGGAGGAUGCUGUUGUUGGUAGAAGCAGUGGUGCUAUGGCGUAG